UUAUCAGUUAACAUAACGGCCUACUGUCUGAGUAAACUGUAACGCAAUCACAUUAUACGACCUUAUUUUUUAAGUCUUUGUUUUAGAAGAUUGUCUUUUAUAACUACGUGUGGUCGUCUCUUGAAAGGGCUUGUUAGCUAUUGUAGCAGUACGCUGUAUUAUCGCACUAAGCUGAACGGUAAGUUAUACAUUUGUUUACAAAUACACAUGUAUUGUUCACAGGGAAAAAUGUAUAAUACUUUAACUAUAGGAAUUGCUUCAUUGAAUCCUGCAUGAGAACAGUCAAAAAAAUAUUAUAUCAAACUUAUCUAAAAAGAUUUGACCGAAAACGAAUUAAUUGAGCAAAUAUGUAAAAAUGAAAGACUUUAUUUCUUUUCUAGGAGACGUAAACCGGAUAAUGUACAGACCCUUUUCGAUGCCCUUAAAUUAAUAAUUUUUCAAUUGUCAUACAUUUUUUUUUUCCUUUUUUAAAACAAAUUUUUAAUUUUUUAAAAUCAUGUUUUAAUUCGGAAGAAAUUGGUGGUCACUUUAAAAGGUACUCACUUUUUCCCCCAUGCCCCGAACUGAAAGACGUCACAUUUUCACCAAUUUACAAAGUUACCUACACCUUUUCCUUGCACUUGAAAUUUAAAUUUUGUCGAAAUAUAAAAAAACCGCGGUGCUAUGACUUGACAUUUACCACAAAUCGUAAUAGAAAAAACAAUGUCUCUCUCUUUGUCUCGUAUCGUAAUAUGAAUCAAUCUCGCUAGCCCAAUUUCCCUAGGUCGAGCGGUUUAUUUAAAGUCUUUCCUAGAGGCUCCUCUAGAAAGGUGUUACACAUUGCAUCUCUAUCUAGGUCCGUCUCGUUAAACUAAAGAAUUCUAAUUCAAAACACUAUAGACCAGGGAUCUCAAACUCAAAUCAUCCGGAGGUAGCAGAAGGUAGGCUAAUAGAUUUGGCUUUUCUUGUUGACAUUAAACAAGAGCUGAAUGUAAUCAACAAGAAUUUACAAGAGCAAAGGUAGCUUGUUAGUGUUGCAUAUGACAAUGUCAGGACAUUCUACAUAAAAUUGCGUUAUGGUUCGUAGAAAAACAUCUGCCAUUUACCAACAUGCAAAGUAUUCAUGGUCUCGGCCACAACAUUCAGUAGUAAGUAUACUGAUGCCAUUGCAAAGCUGCAGGAAGAACUUGAUCACAUGCUUUUAGACUUCAAAACACACAGCGACAUUUUUCAAACUUUUACUGACCCUUUCUACUUAAAUGUGAAAGAUGCCCCCCCCCCCCACUAACUUUUUGCGCUUUAAAUGGAGCUGAUUGAUCUUCAGUAAAAUUCCAAGUUGCAUGGAAAACCAAGACAAGCAUAGACAAUUUAUGAGAGCAUUGCCCUCAACUUUCUCUGAGAUUUCAAUGUUGUUCAAGCGGAUAAUUUGGAUCAUGCCCCUUUUUUGGUGUAUCUUUUUGUGUCUAAAUCUCUUCUCCACUGUAAACUUUAACAAGCCAAAGUUCUGGAUCAAACUAACCGGGAAGCAUCUUCAACAUACUGAGGGACUCAGUUGCUUCCUCACUCAAGCCAAAUGUUGCUCAUCUGUGUAAGAAGCGCUGCCAGAUCUCUGGCAACAAGGAGUAGAAGGAAGAAAGUGAAGCCUAGUUUUUGAGAAAACGUAAUUGAAAUCCUAAAACGUCUCUUUCUCUACAUAUAAACCAUCUGAUUUGAAGAUAUAGGCAUCCAAAUAAAAAUUUACACAUCUACUGUCUUUCCCACUGACAUGUAUUUUUGGAAGAAUGUAAAAUACAUUAUUUCAUUAGUGUUAAAACACCCUUUGAUUAAAGCACCAUGUGAUUAUAAAUAUUCAGUCAUUUACUCACUUUUAGACGUUUUUAUAUACAAUCUUAUUAUGGUACACAUUUUUCCAAUAGUGAUGGCUUCUUCAUCUUCAGCCGCUGAAUGCAAAGAGAUCAGUCUACUUUUACUUGGCAAAUUGGACAUGAUAAAAGUGCUACAGAAAAUUAUAUUUUAAGGCGACCAGCAUUCACAAAAUCAGAUGGACCCCGUCAAAAACAAGAACGGUCACAUUACAUUGUUCAGAUAGAGAAGAUGGCACGCGUGUCAGGGUUGUUGACACACCUGGUGUAAUAAACACUGAGAAAUCAAAUGACCAAACACUCGCAAAAAUGUGUGAGGCAAUGAGUGGGUGUCCCGAAGGAUUUAACGCACUGAUUUUGGUCAUAAAAUUCGAAUGUAUAUGCACAAAAGAGAAAACAAAUAUAGUUUGUAUGCUUUUAAACUUACUUUGGAUCCGAAUUCCUAAAAGGUUUCGUUGUUGUUGUCAUGACUCAAGGUGAAAGUUUUUACCUCAAUAAAGAGAAGAAUAAAAUUACUUUUAAAGAUUGGUUAAAGAAACCGGACAAAGAAGUGCAAGCAAAGCCAUUUCCCAAACUGCUUCAAGAAUGCAACAACAGAUGUGUGUUGUUUUACAAUUCUGGAAGACAGUAUGAUUUAAAAAGAAAAGAGUGUUUUGCUAAGCCUUUAAAGCUUAUAGAAGCUCAGAUAUGCCCUCUUUUUAAAACGAAACAUUUUGAAUUAGCAAAAGCUAGGAGAGAAACUGUCAAACAACUCUGGGAAAUCCAAUAUAUAUACCACAAGCAUACACUUUUUAGGUUUUAGAACAUAUAUUUCUGCCUUAGCAUUGGUAUUGUACUUUUGUGCGUACAGAGGGCCACUCCUUCUUAAGAAAGUUACUUAGAAGUAUUUGUCGGCAAUAAUGCUGCUUUUUAUGGAAAAUGCACUAGCAACUAUGUCUAACCACGUUUCAAAGAAUUGAUUGACAUUAAAUUAUGUGUCCUCGUUUUACAGUUUGGAAAUUAAUCUGUCUAAUUCAGCAAAAAGUAAAGUAAUUUUAUUUUAAAAAAAAAACAACAGAUUAAAUAAACAGCAUAUCAAUGCCAAUUAGAAUAUUUAUAAUAUAACGGGAUGCAAUUAGAAAGUUAUUUAAUUUGCUGAAUAUAUACUAGAAUAUUUGACCCGAUGAGCACGGGAUAAUACUGGCAGGCAAUUUGUGAUAUUUCAACUUGCUUUUGCGAAAACUCAUUAUAAUUCUUUUGAAAAAAAAAAAGUGUGUAUUUUAUGAUGUUUACGUUUCUAGUUUCAAUUAGUUUUUGAAAAGUAUGUAUCUUCUGUCUAAUAUCCGCCUAUCCUACCCAUUUUACGCUCCUAAACUAUAAUUUUUCUCUCUAAAAGUGUUAAAACACGACCUUAAAAUAACUAAAACUAUAUACAAAGCUAAAUUUAUUUUAUAUUAACAGUAUUCGAUGUUUAAAAUAUUAUUGUUGUAUUUGUACGAUAAACUUUGGUAUCGGAUGAAAGAUAAUGGAAUGAUCUAUAUGUUUGUAAACUUAAUUCUUCAGUUUAUUAAACAUAUAGUACAUUCGAGUAUCUUUUAUUCAAUGCCAAAUUUUGUAGUACAAACCCUACAAUGUUAUUUUUAAUAUUUUCUUUUUCAAUAAACCUAAACUCUCACUGACUUCUGAUACCGCGUCCGAAGAGCCGCAUCCUAAUUCUUUUGGUAAACCUAUAUUAAAUUGUAAAAAGAAAAUGUAACAUCUCUUUUUUGUGUUACAAUUGGAAUAUCAUUGAAUCUAAAUAUAUUGUAAUUCAUGUAAAAAUGAGCACACUUUAUUCCCUAACCCGAUACAAGCUAUUCAAUUCAUUCUGAGGCGUAACUUGUGCUGCCUCUAAAAAAAAAAAAAAAUUAAAAUCAUACAUCGGAGUGUACCCCCUUCGUACGCAGCAGCAUAUCUUUUGCACGCCCAAAAACUUAAUUAAAAUUCUAAAGUUCCAAUCCCGUUACCACACAUUGUUUCAUAUUUUCGAAAAGACGAAAUACAAAUCUUCGCAUUAUUCUGUAUAUUGAAAUAUUAUGGUUAAUUAUUUUCACAUUAAAGACUAUUCUUAACUUUAAAUCGCUCUAAUUAUUGGGUUUUGAGAUAUUGAUAUCAAAAUGAAGGAAUUGCAACUUAAUACGGAUUUCUUCUUAUUUGGAUGAGUGAUUAGUGAAUUAUUGAGGGCUAUUUGGCUAUAAAGUUUUUCUCUGCACUAAAUGGCUUAAACGACAGUUUCUAAUUAAAAGUAUUUUUAACGUUAAAUUUUGUAUACAUAAUAAAUUUGAUAAAGAUAUUUUUGAAAUGAAAAAAUUAGUAAAAACGUAUUAAACGUUAAAACUUCAAAGUUAAAAUUUGGUGUAUGUAUUAACAAUUAAAAAGCAAUCAGUUAUAUAUUUAAAUUUUAAUUUUUAAAAGGGAAAAUACAAUAUCUGUUUAGUCACGCGGUUAUUAAAACAAAGAAACUUAAAUGUUUUUAUUUUCACGUUUAAAUUUUGCACUUAUAAAUUUAAUAUAAUUUUACUUUCUUUGAUUUUAAAUGGAAAUUUUAAUUUGAUUUCGUUUGAAAACAGUUAGUUCCAAUAAAUUUUAAUUUAACCUCGCAAUAUAACAACUCAUUAAAAACUCACUAAAAUAAACAGAUGUUUGUUUUUCGGGAUAAAUGUGAUUAUGAUUGAAUAAAACAAGUCUUAGAUCAUGAGUUAUGGAUUUUAAAAAUGAUCAUCUCUUUCAAAUUCUGAUAAAUAGCUUAAAAUUGUCAUUUAAUCGUAACUUCAAAUGUAUUUGUAAUUUAUUUUAAUAAUAAUUAAACAUAUACUAAAAUAAAAACUGAUAUAUUUUUUUUUCGCCGUUAAAUGUAUUCGAUUUCCGUAAAAUAAUAGUAAACCCCUAUCAUUUUUUAAGAACCCAAACGUAUUUACUUAAAAUUGUUGCGUUAGCCAUAUACGGUUUGUCUAGCUCAUUCUUUUAUAGUAGAUUAUAUGACUUUAUGUUAUCCGGAUAAUAAAGGUACGUCCUUUGCGAUAAUUUCUAGCUGCUAUUGCGAAAAAUCAUCACUAUUCCUAACUUUUAAAAAAGUGUCUUAAUAAUGAUAUUUACGUUUCUACCAUCAUUAAGUUUUUAGAAGCAUUUUUUAAGUUUAUAUAUACGCCUACCCUGCACUUUUUCACGCCCCUUAUUCAUUUUCCCCCUUAACAUGACCUUAAAUUACUCAAUAUAAAUUAUCCCUAAUUAUAUAACUUAUUUCAAUAAAGAAUUUAAUUGAGCGACGAUUUCGACACUAGAGGAAUACUUUAGAUUUACCAUUUUUCGUGCCCUUGAGCUACAACUUUUUUUCUCUAAAAACUUGUGAAAACAUAAUCUUAAUUUUACAACGAAAACCCAAUAUAUGAUAUAAGUUAUUUUAUAUUAAAAGAAUAUUUCAUAUAUUUAUGUUUUAUAAUUAUAAAUUAUCAGAAAAUCAUGACACAAAGAAUUAUAUCUAAAAAAUAAUCUCGCAACCAUCCGUUUUUCACGUCUAUAACAGACCUAAGUGUCUUUUUUUAUAUCAUUAAUCUUAUAAAAAUACACACACACUUUACUUUACGCAAAGUAAAAACAAAAAUAUAUUUUUAUUUUUUGAAAGAAAGUAUUAACCCAACUCAUUUUUCAAAAUUAAAUUUUCAAGUGUGUAAAAUGUUUGGGUGUUGAUAUUCAUGGGUAUGCUUAUAUAAAUGUACCCACUUUUUGAUCACGCCAUUGAUUAGUAAACAUUUGUUUACUUCUAAAAGGGGAAUGUAACAUCUAUUUUUUUUACAAAUUUAUUACCAGAGGAUUUAAUAUAUUGUCAUUCACGUACAAAUGUACACAUCCUAUUACCUACCUAAGAAAUGUAUGUACACAAGAAGGUUAAUUAUUUAUCAAAUUGGUUUUUGUAUUUUAAAACGUAUGUUGUGCUCCCUGGGGUAAAAUAACCACCCCCCCUCCCCAGAUUUAAAUAAAAUUAAUAAAAUCUUCCACCGGAUUUUGGUCCCUUAUAUACCCAAACAAAUAUAUUUUGCAUUUCAUAUGGUUUGUCUUAUUUUGAUGAGUUAUAAGUGGAUUAGUGAAUUCUAUUUGGCUAUGGAAUUUUGCAGCACUGAUUAACUUAAACGGUAUUUUCUUAUUAGAAGUAUAUUGAAAGGUAUGUUUUUAUGACAUUAUACAUUUAAUAAAAGAAUAUUUGUGGAAUUUAAAAAAAAGUAAAAAGUAAGAAUUAAAAGUAAAUGUUAAAAACACAAAGCUAAAAUCUGUGUGUGUUUUAUUAACAAUUUAAAAAGCAAUUAAUUAUAUUUGUUAACUGUACUGUAAAAAGGGGGAAAUUACAUUAAAACGCGCGGUUAUUAAAUCAUAGAAACUUAGAGUUUUGGCUAAAGUAUGCGAUUCGCGCUAUAGAGUUAUUUGCGUGAUUAAUAAAAACAAAUUAAUUUUGUUUUCGCAAUAUAACAACGCACUAAAAAAAUCCACUAAAAAAACUGAUAUUUGACUUUUCCCGAUUAAUGUGAUCACUGUGUAAUUCUUUCAUCAUAAUUUUUUUAAUUCCUUUUUUUUUCUUCAUAACUUUCAAAAGCAUAUGAAAUGCUUAAGGUAGUUCCUUAGUUUAAACAUAUACUAAAAUAAAACCUGAUAUAUUUUAUUUUUUGCCCAUUUAAAUGUAUUCCAUUUCAUUAAAAUAAUAGAAACUAAUCAUCAAAUUUUAAGAACCCGAACAAAUUUAUUAAAAUUUGUUAUUGUAUUUCUCAACCUUCCAAAUGAUGCGACCCUUUAAUACAUUUCCUCAUUUUGUGGCGACCUCCAGAAACAAAAUUAUUUUCUUCGAUAUUUUAUAACUGUAGAGAGUGUGUUUCAGAUGGUCUCAGGCGACCCUUGUGAAAAGGUCGUGCGACCCCCAAAGGAGUCGCGACCCACAGGUUUAGAACCGCUGCUUUAGCAAAAUAUGGUCAACCAAGCUCAUUCUUAUAUAUUUUCAUUUACAAUGACUUUCUAAACAUCAAAUAAUUUUUUUUUAAAUUAUCACUUUUUUACAACAAUAAAAAAUGUCACUCAAUCAAUUAUUAGCAAUUUUAUUAUUUUGAAAAAAAUAUAAUAUUUUUAAACAUUUAAAUAUGACACGAUAUUUUAAAGUAAAUUUUUCAAAUGUUAUAAUAACGAGUCCUACUUAGACUCUAGGGUUAAGAAAUAAAUUAUCAACGAUACUUAAUUUAACAGUAUGUAAUUUAAAAAACUAGUUAGAUGAAACAAUUAUUUAUCAAAUUAAAACAAUAAUUAGUAGUUAUUUAUGCUUUUUUGUGAUGGUAUUUUCAAAACACAUUUUUGUCUUUUGGAAACAUAAAUAUUUAAAUAUUAUUUUUCUCAAAUUAAAUAUCAACGAGAGAUAAAUUUAUUUCAAGCAAAGCGUAAUACAGAGAUAGCAAUUUCCAUUAAAUUACAAAACUUAUAAGUGGACACUGAUGCAUUUCUUUUUACCCUUAGAAAUGGCUUCCUCAUUACCAGUCUCUGAAGGAAAAGAAAUCAGUCUUCUUUUACUUGGAAAAACUGGACAUGGUAAAAGUUUUACAGGAAAUUCUUUGCUUGGCUGGGAAGCAUUCGCGAAAUCAAGCAAUUUGGCUUCCGAGACAAUAACAGCUACUUUGAAUUGUUCAGUUAGAGAAGAUGGUACUGUUGUCAGGGUUGUUGACACACCUGGUGUUAUGGACACGGAGAACCAAGAGGAAUGCACAAUUUCAGAAAUCAUGGAAGGAAUGAGUUUGUGUCCUAAUGGAUUUAAUGCACUUCUUUUUGUUAUAAAAUAUGGGAUAAGAUACACCGCAGAGGAAAAAAGGACUAUAGAUAUAUUAAAAGAAUAUUUUGGAUCGAAUUUCCUUAAAGAAUUCGGUAUUGUUAUUAUGACUGAAGGCGAUAGUUUUGACAUCAAUUAUGAAGAUGGAAAUAAGUCAUUUAAAGAAUGGUUGUUUGAAAACGAAAGCAAACAAGAGAAUAAACCAAUGGCCGAGCUGCUGAAGGAGUGCAACAACAGAUGUGUCCUGUUCUACAAUGUUGGAGACGAAUUUAAUGAUAAAAGAAAAUGUUGCGUGAACGAGCUUUUUGACCUUGUUAAACAAAUACCUACAAUUUACACAAGUGUUCAUUUAGAAUUGGCCAGUAAAGCGAGAGAGGAUUUGGUAACAACGCUUGAAAUACCCGUGUUACACACUGCAAUACAAGAGAAAAUAAGCUUGCUAAUGGACCAGCUUGACAAAGACAUGCGAAACAACACUUUCUCAUAUGAAGACAUGAAGAAAAAAAUAAGUGCUCUUAAUAAAGAAUUAGAGAAAGUGGGCAUAGAAUUGGAAGAUAAAACUGAAUUCCUGAUCUUGAAAGAACGUCUGGAUUGUAUUCUACGUAGAGUAGAAGACAUUAGAUAUUCGGAAAAUAAAAUGACACAAAGGGCAGAACAAAGGCAGAUGUAUGACAGCCUUGAAGCUGUAAAAGACACUCCGACCAGAUAUAAGAUUUUUAUUCAAAAAGCUUUCUUGAUUUUUGCAAAAAUUUUGAAACCAAUUGGCACUAUUUUAACUUUUGGUGCGGCUCACAAUGCUUUAAAGGAAUUUGUUAACCAUAGAGAAGAAUUAUAUGAAACUUGUAAAGAAGAAUUCAAGCAAUUAAUAUCUUCAGAACGUGAAAAAAAUACAAAGAAAAGUUGCUUUCUAUUAUAAUUUUUUUUACAAAUUUUAUAUACCUUAUAUAAAUGUUUCCUACUAUGAUUUGUUUUUAUCCUUAAUAAUAUAUACACUAUCUAUCCUUUAUAAAUUCAGAUGAUCGCGUUUUUGAGUUGUACACAGGC